GGAGCAUAUAGGCACCAUUUCAACAUAAUUUUUCUUGAAAAGAAAUACUCUCAGCUCAUUCAUGGAUCAACUAUUCUGGUGUGGAAAAAUAUUAUAAAGCCGGGGAUAGUGACAAUAUUAAAGAACUAAAAGGUGACCAUAUACUCAAUACCAUUUCUAUCAACCAAACCCACGAUAGCGAGUUCCAACGCACAGCUCAAAUAUUACAGGCCAUACAACCCAACAGCAAGGGAGAAGUGCUUAUAGACUAGGAAGAUACGUCAAGCCAUAAUAGUAGGUAUGAAACAAACCAAGGCUACCAAUUCCGAAAGAGCCGGACCCGGUAAGAGGAAAAACGCCGCGAUGGAGGAUUAUGAGAUGCAAAUGCGUAUGCUCGAGGAGCAGAACAAAAAAAGACUAAUGAUGGCUCGCGUGCCCGACGACCGAAUACCGGUACCUGAAAAUCACGACAAAUAUGAUCUUUGGUCUGCCAAUUCAGAAGCAGCCUCUGUUCAGGAUCCAAUGCUAAGCAAUUGCUCCCGCACAACCGGGGUGUUCCAAUUGCCACAGCCUAGAUUUCAGAUAGUGUACCGUGUGGGGACCGAAGGAAGUCAUACGCGGAUGUAUCUUGACGGACCACGGUGGAUAGAGGGCGAGGCCUUGGCGGGCAAAUUUCCAAUACACGACAUGCAAUCGCAUCUUGAAAAGAGCCCGGAGAUUUGCUUCAUUGUGUACAGAGACUUUUCUGUCCCCGUCUCGAGAAAAAAGGGGUUCGAUCAUACCCUAUCCGUACCAAAACACAACUCAGAGACAAUAGAGACAACUACUACGGAUCUAACUACGGCUGUUACGAAAUUCAUGGGGUUCUAUGGCUUCGUUGCAGAUACAACGGACGAUAUAGGGAGAUCAGAUGCUCCAGGUCGCCAUUCUGCUGAUGCUGGUGACCUGACCAAGCUUCUAGCUCCAUAUCCCGCCUUUUAUCACGCCACAAGAAAAGCCAUGGAUCAAUUCCUCGAGUCACUAGAUCACUCACAGAAGCAACAAUUCGAGUCAUUACUUGCCUAUAUUAUGCCUUAUUAUGGAUAUGAAUAUAAUGACGCCGAGAAAAUAAUUGGCAACGGCAGAAUCACGAAACAAUACUUUAAGUACCUCUUCAAACCUGGUGACGUGGUCGUGCAAAAGGAAGAUGAUGAAGCAAGGGGCCUCCUAUGUACUUCUUGGGUUACUGAAAAACCAAUCGAAGACGAAAAAGGGGUAGCAUUGGGAAAGAAGGUACUCAAGAUACGAUACACGAUCAAGGCUCGCCACUGGGACUUUGAUGGCGCAUUUUCACGCAAGACGACCAAUUUAAUAUGGAAAAUAGAUGAAAGCUAUGAUUCGGAAUUGGUAAUCGAUAGCUUGAGCAUCUGCCCUUUGAGUUGUGUGAACGAAAACCUGGCAGCCAAACUGCGACGCAGAGGGGAAUGGAUUUGGAAGUGUCGUACGAAGCAGCUGGUAUCAUACCAUGAAGAUGUAAAUCGACGAUCACACUACCCGGAAGAUGAAAGGUGCAUGAUCGACAUGAUGGUAUAUCGUGAGUUACACAAACAAGAUACGAAACGCGAUACUUCCCGGUGGAUAUCUUCAGACUGCUCGGGGACGGAUGACCUAGGUCCCGAGGCGAUAAAGCGAGACGAGUUACCUUCCUCCGAGUUCCUGUAUUUGUUACCUGCCACCAUCAAGGGCUUUAACCUUAAGAAAAAGAAAUGGGUGGAUCUAAAGGUCGAUAAUCUGGGCGAAGUAGUAUGGAAUGAGGCGGCAUUUGAGAGGCUAGUUCUCGAAGAGAAUACCAAGAAAUUGAUUCGAGCCCUCGUCAGCGACCAGAUCGAACCUAAGAAGUCAACAGAUCUCAUAAGUGGCAAAGGGAAUGGCUUGAUCAUGUUGCUUCAUGGAGGUCCCGGCACGGGAAAGACUCUGACCGCCGAGAGCGUGGCCGAGAUUUCCCGGAAGCCACUCUAUCCCGUCACUUGUGGUGACAUAGGAACGGAGCCGGAAGCUGUUGAGAACUAUCUUGAGUCCGUUUUGCACCUUGGAAAGACCUGGGGGUGUGUUGUCCUACUCGACGAAGCCGACGUAUUUCUUGAACAGCGCAGUCCCCAGGAUCUCCAUAGAAAUGCACUGGUAUCUGUGUUCCUCCGAGUACUCGAAUAUUAUGAGGGGAUAUUAAUUUUGACGAGCAAUCGAGUCAGUACCUUCGACGAAGCGUUCAAGUCACGUAUACAACUGGCUAUCCACUACAACGACCUGACCUUUUACGAACGCUUCAAGAUCUGGGAAAAUUUCAUCUCACGCUUACAGGAUUUAGAAGGAGAGGAGAUUGAUGCUGCUGAUCUAAAAGAUCACAUAAAGGACUUGGUCCAGUUUGAGAUGAACGGAAAAGAGAUCCGAAAUGCCAUCUCGAAUGCACGACGGUAUACCCGAUGGGAAAGAAAACAGCAGCGAAACCCAGAGAAUUGCAAACUUGAUUAUGCGAAGAUCAAGUUUAUCAUCGACACUACUAGCAAGUUUGACGACUACAUAAAAAGGACUGAACGGAGGAUAUAACUACGUCGCGGUAGAUGAGGGGUUAAGGGUCGAAGUUUGAAAGGGGUAAUGAUCCGUCAGUUUCUAAGGGUACCUCGUAAGGCAAGUUAUUGGCUGGCUGCAAGAUGGAGAAGAGGAUUAUCCCCGGAAUCUGGAUCUAAACUGAUAUAUGCGUAUUUUUCUUGCCUUUGUUGGUUUCCUUUCUCCUUACGAAUACACUAUGUUAUGUUUCUUUUUUUUAUUCAGGAACUUCAUAGGCUGUAGGUCAUGUACUUUCUUAUCUCAGCUGCCAAGCUGCCACAUCACGUAAAUGGGUACUAUAUAAGUAAAGGUUGAAGACGUAGGGGAGGCUGCAUCGGGCCAUAUGCAGCAACGAUCUUCCCCUCUUAUUUCCAUAUCUACCCUAGAUACUCAGUCAGCACCAGCGCCACGAAGAAUAAAGAG